CCUGUUCCCUGGUCAGCAUCUCCACCCGCAAGCUUUUCUCUUUUCCCAGCGGGCACUCUGGAGAGCGUGAUUGCCAGUCUCAGCUGGGGCAGAGCAGCCCUCAGGCUUCCUGCAGCUCCAGGAUGCUUUUGGGAGAGAAGGAAAAAUAUUCCAACCAGGAGAGUGCGGCUGAGACUGGGUGUCAGGUACAGCCUGGGGAAUUCAGGAUUCUGGAAGUCCCGUUGUUCUUCCCCAGCGGGAGAAACAGCAGGUAAGCAGGGAGUCAGCAUGAAAGGUGAUGAGGGUUUUAGGAAAGACAAUUCGGUCCAAAGAACCCUGGACAGAAACACUUAUUUUCCUGGUUCCUCAUUUUCUGAGCCUCAGUUUCCAUCUCUGCACAAUGGGAAGGGUGUGAGCUGAAGGAGAGGGUGGAGCGUCCCUGGAGGUUGAAGGUGCCAGGCAGGGAAGAGAUGCCCUAAGCGCCAGCAGCCCCGCAGAGUUUGGCUGGGCAAGUUUCUAGAUUGCGGGCGCCCGCGACCCCGCUUUCCGGUGGAGAGGGGGUGGGGGGACGCGGAGCGCUCCGGGGACCCUGGGACGCCGCGGGAACCCCCGGCAGUGCGGCCCCUGCAGGCCGCGGAGCGCGGAGGGUUAACGCGCAAGCCCCACGCCCCCUUUGACGGCGCAGAGCCCACCUCGACGAAUUUGAAAAGGCGGCCCCGGAGCGGCGUGGGCGCCCCCCAGACCCUCGCAGCUGCCGCCCGCGCGCCCGGCCGGCUCCUCGCUCCGCUCGCGGUGGGGCCGCGGGUCCGGUCCGGCCGCCCGUGCGCGCCGCGCCGUCUUCCCGCCCGGGACGCGGGGUCCCCGCGGGCGGCCGCGCAAGAUGAAGCUGGCGCUGCUGCUGCCCUGGGCGUGCUGCUGCCUGUGCGGGUCGGCGCUGGCCACCGGCUUCCUGUACCCCUUCCCGGCCGCGUCGCUGCAGCAACACGGCUACCCCGAGCCCGGCGCCGGCUCCCCGGGCAGCGGCUACGGGGGCCGCCGGCACUGGUGCCAUCACACGGUGACAAGGACCGUGUCCUGCCAGGUGCAGAACGGCUCGGAGACAGUCGUCCAGCGCGUGUACCAGAGCUGCCGAUGGCCGGGACCCUGUGCCAACCUCGUGAGUUACAGGACUCUCAUCAGACCCACUUACAGAGUGUCCUACCGGACGGUGACGGCACUGGAGUGGCGGUGCUGCCCUGGCUUUACUGGGAGCAACUGCGAGGAGGAAUGCAUGAACUGCACCCGCCUCAGGGACAUGAGCCAGAGGCUGAGCACGCUGGAGGCCAAGGUGAUCCUGCUGGAGGCAGCCACUCCGCCCUCGGACCCUGACAACGACCUGCCGGCCCCGCAGGGCAGCCCCCCGCCCUGGAACGAGGACUUCCUCCCCGACGCUAUCCCCCUGGCACAGCCCCGCAGGAGGCCCACGGGCCCGGCAGGGCCCCCCGGGCAGACGGGAGCUCCAGGGCCUGCUGGUCCACCCGGGUCCAAGGGGGACCGGGGCCAGGCGGGGGAGAAGGGCCCUGCGGGGCCGCCAGGCCUCUUGGGGCCGCCCGGCCCCCGCGGGCUUCCUGGGGAGAUGGGGCGCCCCGGGCCCCCUGGCCCCCCUGGCCCCGCGGGCAGCCCCCACGGUGUCCUGUACUCCCUGCAGCCGGCGGACAAGGCCAACGCAGACACACAGCUGGCCUCGGCCGCCGUGGACACGGUGCUGGCAGGGGUCCCGGGACCCCGGGGACCCCCAGGCCCGCCAGGCCCCCCUGGCCCACACGGCCCCCCAGGACCCCCCGGGGCGCCCGGGUCCCAGGGCCCGGCUGCAGAGCGAAGCGUGACGGCCCCGGCUGGGGAGCCUGGCGGGAAAGGGGAGGAAGAGGAGAAGGCGGCUGCAGAGGGUGAGGGAGUGCAGCAGCUGCGGGAGGCUCUGAAGAUCCUGGCGGAGCGAGUACUGAUCCUGGAGCACAUGAUCGGGAUCCACGACCCCCUGGCCUCUCCGGACGGCGGCUCUGGCCAGGACGCGGCCCUGCGCGCCGGCCUCAAGACGAAGCGCGGCGGCCCGACCCCCGACGGCUCCCUGGCCGCCCUGCUGGGCCCCGAGCCCGGGCAGAAGCGCGUGCGCGGGUCCGAGUGAGGCCCGCGGUGCCCGGCACUCCGCAGGCCGCCGCCUAGGACCAGCCCUGGUCUCUGGUUCGCACCCGACCUUCCAGCCUGGCGCUCGGGGUUUCCCAGGGCCGUGGGGCUCGGCGCCCCUGGGGCCGCUCACGCUCGCGCGGGGCUGCGGGUCGGGAGAUGGGGGCCCCUCGGCCGGGCCCCUCCUGCCAGCCUGAGCCCCCCGCCCCCACCCCGGUCUCGGGGGCUGCCCCCAGGAGGCAGCAGGAGGGCGGCUGCUGGCCCGUGCCCGGACUCUCCCCACGGACACGGGGUCCCUGCUGCUCCUCUGGCGGGCUGGGCUCAGUGCCCACCCCAGGUGCUGGCGCCACCCCAAGGCGCACCCCCUCCUGCCCCGUCCUGGGAGGCGGUGGCCUUCCCCGGGGCUCCCAGGGCCUCCUGCAGCCUGUCUGGUUGGAGGGGGGG